AUAAUGGCGUCCGAUGGAGGUUUAAAAAUUGACAACCCAGGUGAAACUUUAGAUUCAUUAAAUAGAGAAGUUGAAACUUUGAAGACCCGUCUGGAAGAAGAACGCAAAAAACUCAAUGACGUAACUUUGUCUAAAGUUGCAGAGAGAUUAGAACCUAUCCAAAACUUAAAUAUUAAGCCACGAAGAGUGCUGAAAGGUCACCAAGGAAAAGUUUUAUGUUCUGAUUGGUCUUUGGAUAAAAGACAUAUUGUUAGCUCAUCACAAGAUGGAAAAAUGAUUAUUUGGGAUGCAUUCACUACCAACAAAGAGCAUGCAAUUACUAUGCCUACUACCUGGGUUAUGGCUUGCGCUUAUGCACCGUCAGGAAAUAUGGUAGCAUGUGGAGGUUUGGACAACAAAAUUACUGUUUAUCCUCUAAGUUUUGAAGACGAUGUAUCUACCAAAAAGAAAGCUGUUGGUACUCAUACUAGUUACAUGUCUUGUUGCCUUUUUCCUAACUCUGAUCAGCAGAUCCUAACAGGCAGUGGUGAUAGUACAUGUGCUUUGUGGGAUGUUGAGUGUACACAUUUAAUCCAGAGUUUCCAUGGUCAUACUGGUGAUGUCAUGGCUCUGGAUCUUUCUCCUUCUGAAACUGGAAAUAUUUUUGUUUCUGCUGGAUGUGAUCGUCAAGCACUUGUGUGGGACAUGAGAACUGGGCAGUGUGUUCAACAAUUUGAAGGACAUGAAUCUGAUAUAAACUCAGUAAAGUUUUAUCCCAGUGGAGAUGCUAUCGCUACUGGCUCUGAUGAUUCAACUUGUCGAUUGUUUGAUUUAAGAGCUGACAGAGAAGUAGCAGUUUAUUCAAAGCAAAGUAUUAUAUUUGGUGUUAACUCAGUGGAUUUUUCAGUUAGUGGACGGCUUCUAUUUGCUGGCUAUAAUGACUAUACCGUUAAUGUGUGGGACAGUCUAAAAUGUGUUCGACUUAGCAUACUGUAUGGACAUGAAAAUAGAGUCACUUGUUUAAAAGUAUCACCUGAUGGUACUGCUUUAUCUACUGGUAGCUGGGACUUCACAUUAAGGGUAUGGGCAUAAAUGCUUUUCAAGUUUUCUUGUGAUAUAUGGAAUGGUGAUUGUCAUCACUGACAAGCUCUUCAUUUUAUAAGACUGUACGAUUUAAUUAUAUACUGUGCAACAAUGCAU